AGCAUGCACCCUGUUUCCUGAUAGGAAAUUACACCUUAUUAUAGUGAAUCUGCUCCAUGAGUUGUGACGUUAAUAAUUGUUGCCGUUUUUCAGGGAUAACCGUCCAUGUUUUGAUUCACAAUUUAUGGGAAAUCACUUCCGUUUUGGAACAUUUUUGAAAUGGAGAAUGUAACGGAUAACAACCACACAAUGGAUUCUACGAUCCAAGACGUGACUAAUACUACGGUUGAUUUGAAUACAUACGAGGAUCUGAACGAAAAAGCAAACAACAUAUGGAAAAUUAUCUCUCCCGUUCUGUUCAUAAUUGGAAUGACAGGAAACACGCUGAUUAUCAUAGCCUUAAAGAAAAUGAAUUUCCAACAGAAGCCUCCUUAUAUUUUUCUAUUUACCUUAGCUCUACUUGACAUGACGGUUUUAAGUGUUGGUCUAAGUCAAUACUGGGUGAAGAAUACGUUUGAUUACAAUCUGCGACUAACAGGACCAGCUGGCUGUAAAAUCAGUCUCUUUGUCAUAUAUUGGUCAAUGCAGUGUUCUUCGUGGGUUCUCGUUUGUGUUGUGUUCGAAAGGUUCCUAAAAACCAAGUUUCCACUCAAGUAUAUGAGAUUCAUUUCAAUACGUAAAUGUGUCUGUCUUAUAAUACUAGUCGUGGUAAUAUUGGGUGGUGUAGACAUGCAUCUUUUAAUUACGAAUGGAAUAACCUAUACUGGAAAUGAGACUGACUGUACGUCUUUAAACACGCGGUACUUCAAUUAUGAUGAAUACGUCUUUGUUUGGAUUGAUCUCACCUUUGUUUCUAUUCUCCCGUUUUUACUCAUGAUUUCAAUGAACGCCGUCAUGAUUCACGUCCUUAGACGGUCUCGUCAAUUUCGAAGAAACACCGUCCAGAAUUCAACAACUAAUUAUCGUAUGAACAGAUUCGACAGGAGAUUGACAACAAUGCUUUUAGUUACAAGUGUCUAUUUUCUUAUUACUACUGCUCCGAUAUCUAUUUACUAUAUAGUAGACUCUUAUGACAAACGUCCGAAAAGCAAAUAUACUGAGGCGGUUCUACAUCUCAUCCGGACCAUUUUUUAUUUGUUACAAUUUUCAAAUUAUGCUAUGAACUUCAUUAUUUACAACUUAUCCAAUCAACAGUUCAGGAGAAAAUUUUGGGGAGUUUUAAAAUUCAACUCACGUAAUUCCAGCUACCAAAGAGGCUCGUCCUGGUCAGUACAUUCCCUUUACAGUAUAGACGCAAUGGAAAGCUCAUUUCAAUCCAUAACUGUACACAGCGGACACACGAACGGGAAUGUGUUACAUGGUGAAGCAGAGGGAAGUCAGAGCGAGACCUGACAAACCAGAACACUUACAAUAAAAUAUUGUCUAGAUUAUUAAAUGGAAGCCCUUUCCCAUGAAAUAUCUGUGAAGCGAUUUUUAUAAAUGUAAUGGUUAAACUACAUGUGUGGAACAACUAAAAAAAACUCGACAACAACAGAGAAUAAGGAGCCUAGGAAAUCGAAUCAACUGUACAACGCACUCGUCAAAUCAAAGUGGUAAUUUGUUAUUGGAAGAUACUAAGUGAAUAAAAGUAAUACCUAAAAUUUGGUUUAGAAUUGAACGAUCAAUGGCAAUUGGUUGACAGCUUUCUAUCAGGAGGGAAACAGAAGGUGAACAAAUAAUUCCCAAAAGCAUAAAUGAAAUCUAGUACACCCAUAAAAUGGGGCUAAAUCACCUCACCAUUUAUGUCAGGGGUCCGAGUCCACUCAUAGCUAUGGGACCACAUUUUCAAGUGUUGUGAUAAUGUAACAGUGCAUUUCCUGACAGAUACUUUCAAACUGAUUUUUAUCAAACCCGCCGAUUAAACUGUACCGUUUGACUAUCUAUCUCAUCUGGACAGCUAAGAAAAAAAAACACGACAUUUGUACUUUUUGAAUCUCGAGGAAAAAAACUUUACUUUCAUUUCAGGAAUCCAGUGCAGAUAUGAGAUUAGCUUGAUUUCACUUGACUAGGUUCUUGGACAAGAUUAACAGUGGUGUAAAUAUGAUUAUAUGUAUGUUAUAGGAAGUUACUACACCCUUUCAAUUGCAUAAACGUGAUUAUUUUCAACGUAA